UCAGUAUAAACGUUACCACCAAGAAAUUCAAACGACAAAAACAAAAAGCAACACAAAACUGAAAACCCAUUCACCACCACCACCACCACCACCUCCUCCUCCGUCCAAUGAAUCCAAUGGGUAGUAGUAGUAGCAGCAGGUAUAAGUAUUGGACAUGGUGGGUUUUGAGCAUCAUCAUUCACACACUUCCUUUUCCACUCAUCCAUGGAAUGGUGCCAGAGUCCCCUGUUCAAUGCAACCAAUCCGGCUGCACACUCCUUAACUCCUACGGCACCUGGAACGACCGCAAAGACUGUCAUGCCCUCAACGUCACCUACCCCACCACCGAGCAACAGCUCCACUCCGCCGUCUCCUACGCCGUGCAGAACCACCUCAAAGUCAAAGUCGUCACCAAAUUCUCCCACACCAUUCCCAAGCUCGCAUGUCCUUCUUCACAAGCCAACACUCUGCUAAUCAGCACUGAGAAGUACGACACAGGGAUCGAAAUCGAUGCGGCGAAUCUGGCUGUGACGGUGGCUUCCGGUGUGGGGUUGCGGCGGUUGAUUGAUGAGGUGGAGCGUGGUGGGUUUAGUUUGGUGGCGGCGCCUUAUUGGGAGGGUGUGAGUGUUGGAGGGUUGAUUAGUACUGGUGCACAUGGGAGUUCUUGGUGGGGGAAAGGUGGUGCUGUUCAUGAUCAUGUUCUGGGGAUUAGUAUUGUUGUUCCUGCUUCUAAAUCUGAAGGGUAUGCCAAGGUUUUGAAGUUGAAAGCACCAGAUCCUCUGCUUAAUGCAGCUAAACUGUCACUAGGUGUGUUGGGUGCCAUCUCCAAGGUAACAUUGUCACUUGAACAUAGGUUCAAAAGAAGUAUAACCUUCAAUUUCACGGAUGAUACUCAUAUUGAAGAUGUGUACAUAGACCAUGCAAAGCAGUAUGAGUUUGCAGACAUAACUUGGUAUCCAUCAAGACAUACGGCUGUGUACAGGUAUGAUUCAAGGGUUCCCUUAAGUGCUUCUGGUGAUGGACUCUAUGACUUCAUUGGAUUUCAACCCAAUUCCAUCUUGAUCUCCGAAACUGUUAGAGGAGCAGAGAAAUUGCUGGAAAAUACAAGAAACCCAAAUGGGAAAUGCGUAACGGCAGCUGCUACUUUGGGAGUGAAGAAAUUAAUAGCCAAUGGGUUGAAGAACAAUGGCCUUAUUUUCAGUGGCUAUCCAGUUGUGGGUUAUCAAGGGAAAAUGCAAACUUCAGGUUCAUGCCUAUAUUCAACAAGAACUGACACAUCAUGUGCUUGGGAUCCAAGAAUCAAAGGGUUGUUCUUCUAUGAGUCAACGGCAAUCUUCCCUGCUUCCAAAUUUGAAGACUUCAUCCGUGACGUGAGAAAACUGAGAGAUCUAAAUUCAGAAAAUUUCUGUGGGAUAGACAACUACAAUGGGAUUUUAAUACGCUUCAUCAAAGCCUCAAGUGCAUAUCUAGGACAAUCUGAAGACUCUGUAGUGAUUGAUUUCAACUACUAUCGUGCAAACGACGCAUCAACUCCUAGACUAAACCAGGAUGUGUGGGAGGAAGUGGAGCAAUUGGCAUUCUUCAAAUAUGGGGCUAAGCCACAUUUGGCUAAGAAUAGGAACUUAGCAUUCUUAGAGGUGCAAAAUAAGUAUCCAAAGUUUAAUCUGUUUAUUGCAGCUAAACAACAAAUGGAUCCACAAAAUGUGUUCUCUAGUGAAUGGUCAGAAGCAAUUCUGUAUGGGAAGGAAUCAGAUAAAGUUGAUGGCUGUGCUCUGGAGGGGCAAUGCAUUUGUAGUGAAGACAAACAUUGCAGUCCACUAAUGGGUUACAAAUGUACCCAUGGUCUCAUCUAUAAGGAAGCUAGAGUUUGUAGGUAUUUACCACAACCCAAACCAUCCUCCAUUGUAUAAUGUAUGAUGUGCGUUUAAUAUUAUACAAGUUUUUUUCCUACAUUACAUAAGGUUUUAAUAGGGAUUAAUAUGGUUACAUGAUUAUAUAUUCUUGAAA